AAAGAAUCCACCGUGUGGACUGAAGUGGACUCGGUAAGAGUCGGCGAGAUUUCGUCUGGACCAGACAUCCUUGGAACUGCCCGAUUGGGCAGGUCCUUGCGGACUCUAUCGAUGAAGAUAGAGACGACCACUUGGCUAUAAAGACCGGCUGGGAACGGACUCGGGAUAGGGGAUUUACUACAGCUCUACAAGUCCUUCUCUUGUACUAUAUUGCAUCAUGGCUUCUGCCCCCGAUACCACAUCCAUCCCGGGAUACACGAUCUUCCGGGAGGGAGACUACGAUAGUGUCGCUGCCACGGCGAUGCUUCCACAGGGAGUUCCCCACCCGCUAGACCAGCUCACCAUUCGGGAAAUCCCCGACACGGCCCAGAUCAUCCGCAACCAUGCCAGCCCCAGGACCGUCAAGUUCAACUGCAUCACACUGCGCGAGCCCCGCAAGGCCGAGUACCAGGCCUUCAGAGCCGGCAAGACUGCCGCUCCCGAUCGUCGCGCAUUCGCCAUCAUCAUUGAGCGCGAGACCCAACAAGUCGCCGAGGUCAUUGUCAACUUGAAGACCAAGAAGGUCGAGGAGUGGAAGGCCGUGAAGAAUGUGAUGCCCACGCUCACUCUCGAGGAUCUCGAUGUCAUGGAGCGCAUUGCCCGCAAGGAUGCCCGCGUUAUCCGCGCCUGCGCGGAGAUCGGUAUCACCGAUAUGAACAAGGUCUUCCUCGAUGCCUGGGCUAUUGGUAUCGAUGAGCGCUGGGGCUUCGAGCGCCGUCUCCAGCAGGGUCUGGCUUACUACCGUGCCUCGGAGUUCGACAACCAGUAUGCCCACCCUCUGGACUUCUCCGUGGUUGCCGAUACCGAGACCGAGGAGGUCCUCAGCGUUGACGUGCGCACGGUCAAUGGCGAGCGCGUUCCCGUCCCUCUCAAGGAGCACAACUACCUCCCCGAGUUCAUCGGUGACGGCUACAUCCACGACCGCCUCAAGCCGAUCGACAUCACCCAGCCUCAGGGUGUCUCCUUCAAGGUCCGCGGCAACGAGCUCUCCUGGGCCAACUACAAGAUGCACAUUGGCUUCAACUACCGUGAGGGUAUCGUCAUCUCCGAUGUCCGCUCCCACGACAUGUACGAGGACCGUGAGCGCACUCUCUUCAACCGCAUCUCCGUCGUUGAGAUGGUUGUCCCAUACGGCUGCCCCGAGAAGCCUCACCACAAGAAGCACGCUUUCGAUGUCGGCGAGUACGGCACCGGUCUCAUGACCAACUCGCUCAAGCUGGGCUGUGAUUGCAAGGGUGCUAUUCACUACAUGGACGGUGUCAUGUCUACCUCCAACGGUGAGGCUGCGGUCAUCAAGAACGCCAUUUGCAUUCACGAGGAGGACAACGGCCUCCUGUACAAGCACACCGACUACCGUGACGGCACCGUGAUCUCGGCCCGUGACCGGAAGCUCAUCAUCUCCCAGAUCAUCACUGCCGCCAACUACGAGUACGGCUUCUACCACACUUUCACUUUGGACGGCACCUACAAGCUCGAGAUGAAGCUUACCGGUAUGCUGAACACCUACUCUCUGCACGAGACCGAGCAGGCCGCUCCUUACGGAACCCAAGUUGCUCCCCAAAUCACCGCCCACAACCACCAGCACAUCUUCUCCCUCCGUAUCGACCCCGAGAUCGACGGUACCAACAACACCGUUGUUCAGAAUGACGCCGUCUCCGCCGACGCCCCCGUCGGGUCCCCCGAGAACCCCUACGGCAACGCCUUCCUCAGCAAGAAGACCCCCCUUCGCACCUCUCUCGAGGGCGCUGCCGACUACUGCUACGAGACCCAGCGCUCAUGGGACAUCAUCAACCCCAACCGCAUGAACACCACCGCCAAGAAGCCGGUCGGAUACAAGAUCCUCAACAACAACUGCCCCCCUCUCCUCGCCAAGCCCGGCAGCACCGUCUACAACCGCGCCGGCUUCGCUCGCAAGCCCCUCUGGGUCACCCCCUACAAGGACUACGAGCUCUUCCCUGCCGGUGACUACGUGUGCCAGUCCACCGGUGAGGAGAACCACCCUCACAACUCGACCAUUAUCGACUGGGCCAAGCGCAACGAGAACAUUGAAAACACCGAUAUCGUCUGCUAUCUCCAGUUCGGUCUCACUCACUUCCCCCGUACCGAGGACUUCCCCGUCAUGCCCGCCGAGCCAGUCAGCAUCAUGCUGCGCGCGUCCAAUUUCUACGAGAAGAACCCCGGUCUGUGGGUGCCGCCUUCGGCGAUUUGUGUCGAUACUCAGUCGACGAAUGCAUUUUCCACCUCCUGCUGUGCCGCUAAUGCUCCGGCCAGCACGUCAAGAUUGUAAAGCAUGAACGGGUCGUUUGGGUGUUGGCAAACAAAACUUUGCUCUUUCGGUUUUAUGUGAUGUGAUGAAUAUAUUGUAAAUAAGCCAUUUGUUCUCAUCUUUGUUCAUAGUUUUGAAACAUACAUUUCUUUCACUUUCUGAUACUCUCCAUUCUUUCUUACUAUCAGCGGGCUGGCUUGCCAUAUAAAUACAUUCGUAGUAAAGAAUCUCCACUAUUCACACCUGACGAUACAUAAUAUCCGUCCUAAUAGUAUACUUGGUCCCCCUAAACACGGGAUCCCCACUAUGCAUCAGCCCACUAUGCUGAAAGAUCAACACCGACCCCGUCCUCGGAAAGAUCCGCAACUGCUCAUGCCCACUCUUAUAACUAGGAAUAGGAAUAAACGACGUCGCCCCACCCAACAACCUCCCCUUCGGAUCAGGAUUCACCUUCGUCGGCUUCUCCUCCGCCCUCCCCAACUCCCCAAGAUCCUGCUCCCCUUCCCCAUUAAGAUAAAUCUGAAUUGUAUAAAACGAAACAUCCCCAUUCGGCGCCUCAUACUGCCCAUCCCAAUGCGGACGAAAGUACUCACCACCCUCAUACCGCAGGAACCGUAAUCGCUCAUUCAGCGCAGCCAAUCGAUACGAUUUGCCCCGGCCAAUGAGCCCAGUCACGCUCGUGCGAUCAGUGAACGACUCGAUAUCGAAGUCGCGGAGAAACGGCGUUAGGCGGGCGAGAAGUCGCCGUGUGAUGUCUGGAGUAUCCCACAUGAUGCGCGCGCAGUUGCGGGCGUCGGUGGCGAGGAUUUGUUUUCCGCCGCCGAUGUUGACCAUGGCGCGUUCCCAGCCGUUCCGGGUGCUGGAUUCGGCGAGGGCGAUGAGGUCUUGGCAUUCGGACUCGGUGAGGAAGUCGUCUAUCACGGCGGCGAAGUGGUUUUUGUAUUUUGGGAGGGCGGGGUUGGAUGUUUCAAAGUCGAUUUGGUGGACGUGAACUGUGGGAGGUGGUUGGGGUGGCAGGAACCCAUUGGGGAUUUUGAUGGGGAUUGAAGCCAUGAUUUUCUGAUUUGUGUGUUGCUGUUGGAUGUGAUGGGAGAAGGUGGGGGGAGUCAGUAGAAAAGAGAGUAAGAGCCUCAGCCUUGGCCUUGGCCUUUUGAGGGAAGCUCGCCAGUUGGGGCUGAGGGCUCCGCCUCAUAUUUGACAAACGGGGCAAACAUAGGGCACAGCUUUGAAUACGGGCUUUGGGAAAAGACUUGAGAACCAAGGAUGGACCCAGCGGAUAAGCGAAUGCUUGUCCGUCAACAUUAGAUGAAAGAUCGAAGAUGAAUCAAGUGGUCAG